ACUCAUGUGAAAAUGAGCUUGUUCAUUAGAUUAAAUAUUUAUAUUUAAUCAUUAGAUUAACAAACUAAUUGCAUAGGACAGAUGUGUCAACUCCUUAGGCAAGCAACAGAGACAUGUGAAGAAGGUGAAUGUGAAAAACUUCUCACAAUAGGACAGAUGUGCCAAUUGCAUAAUUCCAUAAAGUAAGCCCAGUGGUUCCCAACCGAAUCUUCGGUUAAGGCAGCUACUUGAAGCAACCGCCAACCUCCAUCAAAGCCAUUGCAAAACUAUUACUACCCUCACGCAUCUAACGUCUGCGAGUCCAAACAAUACUGAACUUCUUGCUUCUGCAUGCUCCCAACUUGAAUCUUCCAAGUCUUCAAUUCCCACGUCGAGCAUAGAAGCAAAGCAAAGUUGGAAAAAAGAAAAAGAAAAAGCAAAGCAAGAGGAACAGAAAGAAAUAAAAUAAAUAAUCCCCCUAGAAUUUUCAAACCUCCAAAAUUAGACUAGAAUAAUUGAGUUUCCAUUUCUGGACACCCCCAGAAAGUAGGAGAUUCAAGGUCUAGUUACGGCACUUACACAGAAACAAGAGAAGCAGAGAAUUGAAGUAGACGAGAGGGUGAAAGAUGGGUGCUUUGUCUAUUGUUCCUCUGCUCCCUUCAAAGCCGAGACCCUCUGUUUUUGAGCAGAACAGCCAUCUCUUCCCCUCCAGAAGAAAAUCCAAGAAGAGAAUUAGUCCAGUGGCGAGGUUAUUUGGGCCGUCGAUCUUUGAGGCUUCAAAGCUGAAGGUGUUGUUUGUAGGAGUUGACGAGGAGAAGCAUCCAGCGAAGCUACCAAGGACCUAUACGCUAACUCAUAGUGAUAUUACUGCUAGGCUUACUUUAGCCAUCUCACAAACAAUAAAUAUUUCUCAGUUGCAGGGAUGGUCCAACAAAUUGUACAGAGAUGAAGUGGUAGCAGAAUGGAAGAAAGUGAAGGGAAAGAUGUCUCUGCAUGUCCAUUGUCAUAUCAGUGGAGGCCAUUUUUUAUUAGAUUUAUGUGCAAGGCUCAGAUAUUACAUCUUCUGCAAAGAACUCCCUGUGGUGUUGAAGGCCAUUGUCCAUGGAGACGGGAAUCUGUUGAACAACUACCCAGAAUUGCAGGAGGCUCUGGUUUGGGUUUAUUUCCAUUCAAACAUUCCAGAGUUCAACAGGGUGGGGUGCUGGGGCCCAUUAAAGGAUGCAGGAGCACCAGCUUCUCCUUUAGGGCAUGGGCAUGGGACCCAUGAAAGCAAGCAGCAGGCAACCCCAGCAAGUAACUGGGACUUGCCCGAGCCAUGCAAAGAGAAGUGCGAGUGUUGUUUCCCUCCAAUGAGCUUGAUCCAUUGGUCAGAAUAGCAGCUCAAAGCAAACCCUAAAUGGUUGAUCCAUUGUAUCACACUCAGAAAAGUGUUGCUCUUGUAUAUAUAUUUAUAACUGAAAUUGUAUGCCAAAUGCCUCUCUUGGCAUUCAGUGAUUGGAGGGUGGGGAUGUUUAAUUGUUUAUGCUUCAAGAUGUGUUUUUUCUUUCAUAUUUAUUGGAUUUUUUUUAUAAAAAAAUUUAAUUCUAGGAUGAGUCCUGAGUUGAUCUAAAGAACUAGUGAUUUGAAUUUGUUUGCGUGAUAUUAUUGAUGUUUUGCCGUUUUGUGCAUUUGUCAAAAAGGAUAAUGUGUUUUUUUGAAAUGAU